AUGAAUUACUGCUUGGAGUCGGCGUUUGCUCCCCCUCUCACUCCCAGAAACGAGCUCAAAACCGAGCAGCAAGCCGAGGAACUCACGCAGAGCGAGCUCCACUUGAUCCAAUUCACGCUCUCUCCCUACGCCGAGCUUCUCAACAGCGAGACCGUGACGAUUCUGCUCAACGAACUCGCACUCGCGCUCUCUAGUCGCCUCGAGGUCAGUCUCACGAAGCUCCGGUACUCGCAGCAGGGCGUUCUGGCGCUGGACAAGGCGGUUCGCGCGAUCUGCAACGAAUUGAUUCAGCUGGGAGGCAGCGAAAUUCGGACGAAUUUUGGAAAGGUCAAUCGGCUGAUCGCGAUUCUGAGCUGUGACGAUAUGUCGAGCGCGCUGUCGCUCGUGACGACGGAGGCGAAGGACAUGAGCAAUGAACAGGUGAAGUCGAUUUUGAAGCUCCGCACUGACAUUCAUCAGUAGAGCGGAGACAGUGGCGGAGGAGGUGGUGUUCGCGUAUUCUUGGCGUUCUUGGUAUUUGUGGUGUUUUUGAAAUCUU